AUGGUUAAAUUCUCCAAGAAACAGGAGUUGAAUACUCAACCCUAUCAUGAUGCCCCUGGUUAUAGAAGACUAAUUAGGAAGCUUCUUUACUUAACAACAACCAAACCUGACAUUGCUUUUUCUAUGCAACAACUUAGCCAGUUUAUGUCCUGUCCCACUAACUCACAUCAUCAAGCUGUUGUUCGGAUUCUUAGGUACUUAAAAGGUGUCAUUGACCAAGGAAUCUUCUAUCCAGCUACAUCCUCUCUACAACUUAAAGCUUUUAGCGAUUUUGAUUGGGGGACUUAUUCAGGGACUCAACAAUCAAUCACUAGUUAUUACAUAUUUCUGGGUGAUUCUCUCAUAUCAUGGAAAUCCAAGAAGCAGCCCACUAUAUUGGAAUCUUCCUCCAAGGCUGAAUAG